AUGUUAUUCCAUCUUGCAGCAAUUUCCGCGGUGGCAUCUAUCUUGUUCAAUCUCAUCACCCAUCUUCUUAAGCAAAGACGCCGAGAAAUAACACUGGAAGCUGUUCCCACUCACAGUUUUGCGGAUGGAGACAAUUCACGCAAACGGUACUUGACCGACCUCAAAGCCUUGUUGGAGUCUGGUUAUCGACGUUACAACAAACAUGGCCAAGCCUUCAAAGUCACCAUCCCUGUCGGCGGUUAUUCUGUCAAGUACCGUGUGGUGCUGCCAAAGGACCAUCUGGAAGAGAUCAAGCACCUUUCCAACAACGUCUUUAGCUGGCAACUCGCGUCUCGAGUCAUCUUUGCGCAAGGCUACACCGGCGCGCCUGACCGUGGCCCAUGGAGCGGUAAGGCACUGCGAGUGGGUAUCCAUCAGAAUCUCGGGAAUAUCACCAAACAGCUCGACGAAAGAAUCGACGAUUUCUUCGCCUCUCACCUACCGCAACAAACCGGUCAGGUUGCGACCAUCGACUUCAUGAAAUUCUUUGUUCCAACCAUUUCCUACGCCAUCAAUGCUCUUCUCGUCGACCAGCGUCUGUCGUCUGAUCCAGAAUGGCUGAAGCAGACGGCCGACUUUGCUGUCAAUCGCUACAGUGCUGCUGACGAUGUACGACAGUGGCCACCCUACAUUUCAAAACUGGUAGCGCCCUUUAUCCCGUCUGUCAAGGCGCUACGGCAGCAAAGAAAGUAUGUGAUGGAGAAAUUGAAGCCUUUGUAUGACGAACUUCACGCGCAAGACCUGCUUAAGAUCGGCGACCGUAAAGAAAAACGCAAAGGAAAUCUCGCAUAUGAAUGGUUGUGGGCGGGUGCUCCGGAGGGUGUCACGCUCCAAGACUUCUCCGACACUAUGAUGCGAACGCUGAUUGCGUCAAUCCACACUACCGCGAAGACCGUCAGCGUGGCAAUGGUCGACCUACUUACACACCCUAAAUUUCUGGAGGAGCUGAAAGAGGAAGCAAGGAACGCAGUCACCGGCUCAGAUACCAUAGACCUUGAUAAGCUGAUUAAAUUAGAUUGCUUUUUGAAGGAGUCGCAGAGACUCAGCCCUGUCUUUCUGAUCACGAUGAACAGGAUACUAACUCAAGACUACGAGUUCAAAUGUUCUGGCCUGAAACUACUAAAGGGAACAUUGGUCGUUGGACCUGCUGCUGCUAUCGCCACCGACCCCGAAACCUUCCAAGACCCAAAUUCAUUCGAUGAGUAUCGCUAUCUGCGCCUGCGCGAGGAGCACGCCGACUCUGCGAGCGCUCUCGUGCUAGGAAUGUCAACGAUUGACUCACUUGGAUUCGGUCUGGGUAAUCAAGCUUGCCCGGGAAGGUUUAUGGCUGUCAACAAUCUUAAGUUAAUGAUGGCUAAAUUGAUACUCGGUUGGGAUCUCUCCUUGGACCUGAGCGGCCAGGAGUACCAUGGACCAAGACCCGAGACAAAGUACAAUGAUUUUUCCGUUGUGCCUCAAGAAAUUUUCAGGCUGCGUCUGAGAAAGUUGUAG